UCGCUCAAGUCACGGUACUCGCGGUUACGACGGUUACUUUCGCUUUUCCUACAGUUAGCGAUUGUCGGUGAUUCACUGCUACCUUGAUCGUCUUAGAAUCACGUCGCCUGUUCUACUCAGUAGUAAAACAUGUGACAAUCCCCAACGACGACUCGAUUAAUCAAUACGUUAUCCACCCGCACGGACGAUAAUACGGGAUCGAAAUAAUAGCGUGAUAAUCCGUAAGGUUAUAUACGUUCUAGUAACCGCAGUGAAACGUAGUGUGUCGCGGACAGUGAGUUUGUUCUGUUAGAUAACGAGAAAUUGCACUGAAAGCAAUGGAUUGAUAAAUCUAUGUCCACGAUGCAAGAAAAAGUAAAAACGCCACCUGAAACACAUCACUUUGCCACAACGCCAGCUUCGGGGUACACCUGCACCUAAACCUAUAGUACAAAGGAAAAUAUACGAGUAACUAGCCAAAAUGCCUGCGGUGGUGUCGAAGUUCCUCGAAAGGGGAGAGAAGGCCAUCAACGCCAACAGGAGCGUGAUUUCGGGGGCCAUCAUAGCGACCGCCCUCUUCACCUACGCCUACAAGAUCGGCUACCCCAUAAUAGACGGCUACAUCCACAAGGAGAACAAAGAGGGCCUCAGCUUGAACAACAAUCUAGUCACGAACAACAUCAUCCACCAGAACGGCAUCGUCAAGAAGAAGAAACCGCCGGCGAAGGGCCGGUUCAGGAGCGGCAUCCCCAACCUGAACCUGCAGUUUAUCUUACAGUUUAUAAAGUUAGUGAGGAUUAUGAUACCGAGUGUGUUCUGCACGGAGACGGCCCUGCUGGGCAGUCACACGACGUUUCUGUUCUUGAGGACGUUCCUCAGCAUAUACGUGGCGAACCUGGAGGGCGCGAUCGUUAAGUACAUAGUGAGGAAGGAGCCCAGGAAUUUCAUCAAGCAGUUGGGGAAGUGGUUCGCGGUGGCCGUCCCGGCGACGUUCAUCAACAGCAUGAUCAGGUAUCUCGAAAGCAGGAUAGCCCUCAACUUCCGAUCCAGGCUCGUCGAGCACUCCUACCGCCUCUACUUCCACAACCAGAGCUACUACAGGGUCACCGUGCUCGACGGUAGACUGGACAACUGCGCCCAACGACUGACCGACGACAUUGAAACCGUCGCCAGCACCGUCUCCCACCUCUACGGCCAGAUAACGAAACCCUGCUUCGACAUACUCCUGAUGACAAUCGCCCUGGCCAACUUAGUCAAAUCGCGCAACGCUAAUUUGAUAACGGGUCCGGUGAUAAUAUCGGGGGUGGUGGUAUUCUCCGCCCUGGUUCUGAGACUGGUGUCGCCCAAAUUCGGGCAACUCGUGGCGCAGGAAGCCGAGAAGAAGGGGUACCUCAGGCACGUACACGGCAGGAUUGUUAGCAACGCGGAGGAGAUCGCCUUCUACGGCGGCCACAAGGUGGAGAAGAGCCACCUGAGGCGAGCCUACAGGAUACUGGUGGAGCAUUUGGAGCACAUGUUCGGGGUUAAGCUGUGGUUUGUGAUGUUGGAGCAGUUCCUCAUGAAGUACGUGUGGUCUGGAACAGGCAUGAUCGUCGUGUCCCUGCCGAUCCUCCUGGCGAGCGGAAAAUCGAAACCGCGCCUCGCCAAAAACCUCCUCUUACCCUCCGUCUCUUCCGUCGCCGAAGAGGUCCCCCUGGCGUUGCCGGUAGAUGUGGACGGCGACAGUCCCGACGUUGUCGACGACAACGUCUCGGAACGUACCCACUACUUCACUACCGCCAAGAAUUUGCUCCUCACCGGAUCGAACGCCGUCGAGAGGCUCAUGAGCAGUUACAAGGAUAUCGUGGAAUUGGCGGGGCAUACCGCGAGGGUGGCGAAUAUGUUCACCGUGCUGGAAGAGGCGAGUCAGGGCAUCUACCACAAGACGCUGGUCGCCAAGAAGGAGAAGGUCGGGGAUUUCGAGAUCGAGUACAGGGGGGACCAGCCGUUGGCGAAGGGCAAGCUCAUCCACUCGACCAACAACGAGAUCAUCCUGAAGAACGUCCCGAUCGUAACGCCCAACUGCGACAUCGUCUGCCCCUCCCUGAGCCUACACCUGAAGCCGGGCGAGCACCUGCUCAUCACCGGACCCAACGGUUGCGGCAAGUCCAGUUUGUUCAGGAUACUGAGCGGCCUGUGGCCCAUUUACGGCGGGGAACUGCAAACCCCCAAUAAUUCCAUGUUCUACAUACCGCAACGGCCGUACAUGGUUAUCGGUAAUCUAAGGGACCAGGUGAUCUACCCCGACACCUACGCCGAUAUGAUCAACAAGCAGAUCACCGAGGAGGACUUGAGGAAGAUCAUGCAGAUGGUUCACUUGGAGCACAUCGUGGAUAGGGAUACCUUCCACGAGGUCAAGGACUGGACGGAUAUACUGUCCGGUGGGGAGAAACAGAGGAUGGCCGUCGCCAGGCUGUUCUAUCACAAGCCGAAAUACGCCCUGCUCGACGAAUGCACUUCCGCCGUCUCGAUAGACGUCGAGAGCCACAUUUAUCAAAGCGCCAUCGACAUGGGAAUAACUCUGUUGACGAUUACUCACAGGCCUACGCUGUGGAAAUUUCACACCCACAUUCUGCAGUUCGACGGUACGGGGUACUGGGAGUUCAGCGUUCUCAACCACAGCGACAGGCUGCAUCUGAAGAAGGAAAAGGAGGAAUUGCUGAAGAAGGAACCAAGCGCCGAUCGAACGAACAGGUUAAAGGAGCUAAAUAAAUUGCUGGGGGAGGAUGUCUAGUUUUCUUAUGUUUUCUCGCUCCAAGGUGGUAAAACGUAGCAGGUUUAAAGGUUGUUUCUUCCUUACGGAAUGUCGAGCGAGUUUCUUGUCGCCGCGCAAUUAUUUAUUGUGAUUAUGUGUUCGUAAAAUUUUCUAUGUAGCUUUUUAAAUUGUAUUUUUAAGUAGGCAAAUACUGAUUAGACGUUUUUGUGUUAAAUCUAUACGGGGCGUGGCUAAAAGCGCGAGGAAAAAUUCAUAGACCUUUUUUUUUCAUAAUUUCUAAAAUUAGUUGUGACUUCACGGGAGUGUGUGCGGACAUGUAUUUGUGUUAACGCCUUGUAUAAAACGGAGGGAAAUCUCGCUACAAAUAAUUUCCCCGGAGAUUUUCCGCGUGUGUCAUCAAAAAAGCUUUGAUGAUAUUUUUAACGGCCUUCGGUAUCGAUGAUUUUGGGUUUCGAACAAAUUUUAAUAUUAUUCGUUGUGAUUAUUGAACCAUAGAACAAAUAAACGUUGUUUAAUUUU